UUUUUUCCUUCGCUAGGAUGACUGCCUUGUGAAGGUAUGGUACAAUACAGACAAUUGGCGAUCAGCUGUAACACCACCUGGCACAAGUCCGGAAAAACAAGCAAAAGAAGUUGAUUUUUCAUUUGUGUAUUUGGCUCAUCCUCGAUCAGUAAAUGCAUUUUCAUGGAGGAAGACCAGUAAAUUCAUGCCACGUGGUGCUGUCUGCAAUGUACUCCUGACGUGCUGUAAGGAUAAUGUUUGUCGUCUCUGGGCGGAGACUUUGUUACCCAAUGACAGUCUGUUGUAUGGUGGAGGAUACAGCAAUUGGAGUGAAGCAGUGAACUUCACAAAUAACUUCAAGAGAAAUACGUCAAGUAAGGAAAAAGUGCAAAAUGCUUUAGAGUUAAACCUGAGGCACUUCAGACGUGGAAGGAGGCGGUCAGGUGCAGUUGUAGCACAUACUGGGUAUGCUCCACAUCAGCAAGAUCCCCAUGAAGUUCACAGAAACAUCCCUCCUCAUGCAAAUGCACUCUGUCACUUCCAUAUUGCUGCCAGUAUCAAUCCAGCCACAGAUAUUCCUCUACUCCCUUCUAUCACAUCUCUGAGUCUUGGUGAAAAUGAAGACAAAAGUGGACCUUUUGUUGUGCACUGGCUAAAUAACAAAGAACUUCAUUUUACCUUAUCCAUGGAAGUAUUUUUGCAACAGCUUAAAAACAGUUUUGAACAUCAUUCUCCUGAGAUUAACACGGAGGAGUCUAAUCAAAUGGAUGGCAGAUCAGAAGAAGAUGAGCAAAAAGGAAACCAAGAAAAGAAGGAACUGGGUGAUGAGAAAACUACUCCAAAUUCAAGCCUUGUUCCUCUAUCUUCUGCUAUUAUUGAUCAUGAAAUUGAAGUACUACUGUCUGAGUGGAAUAAAAAUGCUGACAUGCUAUUCAGUAUACAUCCUAUGGAUGGUUCACUGCUGGUAUGGCAUGUGGACUGGCUAGAUGAAUACCAGCCUGGCAUGUUUCGUCAGGUGCAGGUGUCAUUUGUCUCAAGAAUUCCUGUUGCAUUUCCAACGGGUGAUGCAAACUCUCUUUGCAGAAGUAUAGUUAUGUAUGCUUGUACCAAAAAUGUGGAUUUAGCUAUUCAACAAGGCAAACAAAAGCCUCCUGGCCUUACACGUUCUUCAUCUAUGCUUAUCUCUUCUGGACACAGUAAAUCAAGCAACAGUUUAAAACUAAGUAUCUUCACGCCCAAUGUCAUGAUGAUUUCCAAACAUGCAGAUGGGUCAUUGAACCAGUGGCUUGUGAGUUUUGCUGAGGAAUCUGCUUUUUCAACUGUACUCAGUAUUUCACAUAAAUCCCGAUAUUGUGGUCACCGUUUUCAUCUUAAUGACUUGGCUUGCCACUCAGUAUUACCACUGCUGCUUACAACCUCACAUCACAAUGCUCUAAUUUCACCAGAUGUUGAGAAUGCAAAACUUGCAAAUGAUUCUUUAAAGUCUCAGGAAUCACCACUAAGACUUCAGAGUAGAGGCAAUGCAAAUGUCACAUCCCAGGAUCCCAGUGCGGUUUACAGUGAACUUAUUCUUUGGAGAGUUGACCCUGUCGGGCCUUUGUCCUUUUCUGGUGGAGUUUCUGAACUUGCUCGGAUCAAUUCUCUCCAUGUUUCAGCUUUUUCUAAUGUUGCAUGGCUGCCCACACUCAUACCCAGCUAUUGCCUUGGUGCAUACUGUAAUUCUCCAAGUGCCUGCUUUGUGGCUAGUGAUGGACAGCAUUUGAGAUUAUAUCAAGCUGUAAUAGAUGCUAAGAAACUUUUGUGUGAGCUCUCCAAUCCAGAAAUUUCUAAAUACGUUGGUGAAGUUUUUAACAUCAUAAGUCAGCAAUCUACAGCUCGCCCAGGGUGUAUCAUUGAGCUGGAUGCCAUCACAGAGCUU